AUGGCCUCAGGUCCCCUCCCUGAAUUUUUGGCGACGCCCCAGAUCCCCCAUCAUAACCAAGCAACCUUCAACGAACCCAGCCGGCAGCUGGAUGGCUAUGUCGGGACCCGUUUUCUACAUGUGAUGACAAAGGCCUCAGGGAUCCCACCCGCGCCAGAAGAAGUGGACCAACUCUAUGAAACACUUACAGAGGCAGAAAAAUGCAGGGUUGUGGUCUUGUCCGGCGUAUUAUGGUCGGCGUGGGUGACCGCACCUUUUGACAACAACGACGGUGGCGCACCCAGCCCCAUCCCCAGAGGUACCACUGACCCUUUUUACGGCCGUUGGGCCGCGGUCAUGACCACAUAA